UACAAUCUCAAACAUUUAUAUAUAUCACGCGGAAAUACCGGUUUUGUGGCAUUUAACCUCUAAGUCUAGUCAUCGUAAUACAUAAAAUAUACGUGUAUUGCGUUUGACGAACGAAUGCAAAAUGAUGAUGAUAUAUAUGUGAUUGUGUUCGCGACGAAUGAAUAUGAAAUCUUUAAUCGAAAUAUACAUAUAAAUAAAAGAAACACGUAAAAGCACAAAAUCUCGGCCGAUUUUUAUUAAUUUGCGAAAUUUUUUGAAUGAAGAUGAUCAAAGUUUUCGUCUGUUGUUGUUGUGUGUAUGCUAUUGUAUUCAAUCGAAUUUCUAAUCACUGAAUUAAAUUUCCCAAGUGUUAAAAGUGUAAAACUAAGACUGUUUCACCGAAGAUUAAUAUUCAUAUUUUGAUUUUCCGGAAGAAUGAAAUUAAAGUAAAACAAGAGCCAUAAAAAUCGAAAAUGAAUCUUGCUCAAUUGAAACUGUGUUAUGUAAUUGUUUUUGUACCAAUAUUGGUGAUUGGCCAAAAUAUCGAUGAAUCGUGUCAAGUGGCACGAAGUGGCGCAACUGGUGUAUGUAAAAUUAUCGACAAUUGCCAGUCGGUCAUCGAUGAAAUCGUUCAACAAGGAUUAUUUCCAGCACAAUGUGGUUUUUGGGGACGUAAACAAAUUGUUUGUUGUCCAGUACCACGAAGCCAUAUAACAACAACAACACCAAUUCCAACACGCGUAAGCCAAAAAAAAUGUAGAGAAUAUCAAGAUGCAAAAUUUGACAGAGUAUUUAGCCAAGUUGGUUUCAAUGAUGAUCCCAUCUUGGAAAAAGUUGAGCGAUGUACAAUUUCGACGGUGCCACUUAUUGUCGGCGGCUCUAUAGCCAGUGAGGGCGAAUUUCCGCAUAUGGCACUAAUUGGUUACGAACGAAAUUUUGAAACAAAUAUUAUUUGGGGUUGCGGUGGAUCAUUAAUAAGUGAAAACUUUGUAUUGACAGCGGCACAUUGCGUGGAAACGAGUCGUUAUGAAGGAACUCCAAAAUAUGUGCUACUGGGUGAACAUGAUUUAAGCAAUAAUUUACGCGAUAAUCCAUUCAAAGUGGAAAUUGCGGAAAAAAUUCCACAUCCACAAUUCAAACGAUCGGCGAAAUAUUAUGAUAUUGCAUUGGUUCGAAUGGCUCUUCGAAUAACAUUCAAUCCACGUCGUCGGCCAGCAUGUUUACCAGAAAAAUAUAAUACAAAUACGGCAAAUGCGGUCGCGAGUGGCUGGGGUCGCACAGAUUUUCGUGGUUCAAGCAGUCAAGUAUUGCAAAAAGUAAUCUUGGAAUUGUUCACCGAAGAGGAAUGUAAUAUAACCUAUUUGGACGCAGCACGUACCACACAGUUACGCUACGGAAUUUUACCAGCACAACAAUUUUGUGCUGGUUCCCAUACGGAAAAGAAAGACACAUGUCAGGGCGACAGUGGUGGACCUCUUCAAAUCUACCAUCCAUAUGUGUCUUGUAUGUAUAUUGUUUCAGGAAUUACAUCGUUUGCCAAACAAUGUGGUGAUCUCAAUGCACCUGGGGUUUAUACAAGAGUUUAUAACUUUUUGGAUUGGAUUGAGAAUAUUGUUUGGCCAAAUCAAUAGCUUUUUUUAAAUAGUCACUUGACUUUUAUUGAAAUUGAAUAAAUACUCGACUUUUUCAAGUAAACUAAA